AUGGCUGUUACUGUCGACAAUGAGUUACAGGAAAAACUUAGUCACAAUCAUCCUCUUUUUUUGAGUACUGCGGACACUUCAGGAGUUGUAUUGAUCUCCAUUCAACUUACAGGUGCUGAGAAUUAUUCCGUAUGGAGAAAAUCGAUGAGAAUAGCCAUACUUGGAAGAAACAAAUUGGGGCUAAUCGAUCGAAAGUGCAGAAAAGAUAUAUUUGGUCCUAAUUUGAGUGAUUUGUGGGAGAGAUGCAAUGCAAUUGUCCUCUCAUGGAUCAUGAAUUGUGUUUCAAAGGAAUUAUUAGGUGGAAUUGUUUACUCUACAGAUGCAUGUUCUGUUUGGGGAGAUCUUAAGGAGAGAUUUGAUAAGACGGAUGGAUCAAGGAUCUUUCAACAACAUAGAGAAAUUGUUACAUUGGUACAGGGUACGAGUACUAUCGCAGAGUAUUUCACAAAAUUGAGAUUGUGCUGGGCAGAAUUUGAUUGCAUUGCACCUUUUCCUGGUUGUAAUUGCACAGAAUCGAAAGGUUUUGUAGAAUUCAUGAAGCAGCAGAAGUUGUUACAAUUUUUACUGGGUCUUAAUGAGACUUAUGAGCAGGCUUGA